UACCAAGUAACGUCAAAAAUUCUCUCUGUGGUGGUCGAGCGAAAAAAAACUCGCGACGGUGUCGAUCAGUUGCGUACGAAUUUUGUGGACUAUUCCGGUGAAUAUCGUUUCCAAUUUAUUUUCGCUAAGCGAGCAGGGAACAGCCAUCCGUUUAAGCCGACUGGUCUCAUUUAGGAUCUGAACAAUUGUCUAGCAGGAACUGGCAGCAUACGAACGCAAUGCAACAGAACGUGGAGCUCGUGGUGGAACGGAGGCUUCGGCCUAUAUUUGAAUCCAUUGAAAUCGGUAACUACAAAAAGGCUUUGCAGGAUGUAGAAAAGGUGCUAAAGAGGAAUCCUACUAUUCAAUGUGGCCGAGCUUUGAAAGCAUGGGCUUACAUAAGACUGGGCCGCGAUGAGGAAAGUGCCACACUAAUUCGAGCACUUGAAAAAGAGACACCCACAGAGUCGACCACGCUGCACGUCAUGACCCUGUGCUACAAGGAAACGGAUCAGUUGGACAAGAUAUGUCAGCUAUUUGCUAGUGCCUCGAAGCAGCAUCCGGGAAAUGAGGAGCUGUUAUCACAGCUUUUUAUCGCCCAUAUGCGCGUUAACGAUUUCAAAGCUCAGCAGACGGUAGCAUUGCAACUGUACAAGCUGAAACCACGCAAUCCAUUUUACUUUUGGGCUGUGAUGAGUGUAGUACUCCAAGCUCUGCGUGGUCCAGAUUCGAAGGAUCCGCAAAAGUCAUCUCUGCUACUAGCCCUUGCUCAAAGGAUGGUGGACAAGUUGAACGCGGAAAAUAAAUUGGAAGCUUCGCAGGAGGUUCAACUGUAUCUUCAAAUUCUGCAGCACCAACAAAAAUACCAAGAAAUGUUGGAUUUUCUGGAGGGAUCGGUGUGCCAGAAGCUAUACCCAGGUGCUCCCCAUUCGAUCAAAAUUGGCCUGCUGAAAAAAUUAAACAAAUGGGCUGAUUUGAACAAGAUGAUGAAAGAAUUGCUGACAGAAGACUCGGAUCGAUGGGACUAUUACCAGGAUUACAUUCAAUCGACAUUCGAACUAAUCAAAAUUGAUGACAAGUCGCCUGAACCAGAUCACACAACCGACAUGUGCCACGAGUUUAUCUGCAGUAUUAUGGAGUCUCAACAACGCAAACAUCGUGGUCCCUAUUUAGCCCGGUUGGAAUUGAACCGAUUGAUGGUGGAAAAUAAAUACGAUAAGGAGCAAUUGUUUGGUGAGCUGACGGACCUACUGCUGGACUAUUUUCGAUUGUUUGGUGACAAGACUUGCUGUGCAAACGAUUUAAAAAUGUUCCUGGAAUAUGUAGAUCCAGCGAAACGGCCGGGGUUUGCCGCCAAACUGAUGCAAGAAUGUCGCAUCAACCCAGUGACGCUGCCGAGCAGUAAAGAACACAUGCAACGACACAUUUGUUCGCUACAGAUUGCUCGGUUUUGCGGAGCACAUGCCUCGCUUAGUGAGGAGCAUCUUUCAGCGCUGUACACGGCGCUAAGCUUACACUACGAACAUGGCUACAAUGCGUUUGGCCGAGGACUGCUACAAACUGAUAUGGGUCCAUCGGAUCCGUAUGCAAUGCUAGCAGUACAUAUAAUGUAUGAUCGUGCCUGGGCGCUGCAGCGCUCCGAGCCGAUAGUGGAGGCUCUCUGCCUGUUGAAUCAUUUGCUUUCCAACAGUGUCAAUAACUUUCACGGAAAACUACUCAGUUUGCAGUUAUACCACAGAUUGGGACUGAUUGAAACCGCUCACCGAGUGUACGAAUCUCUUGACGUCAAGCAUAUUCAGCUGGACUCGCUUGGUUAUCUGCAUUGUUCGCAAUUGUGCAACGGAGGUUUCCCGGCACUCGCCAAGCAACUUUUCGAUCAGACGCUCAACUUUUUCAUUAAUGACCACCAGAACAGCGUGGAGUUCCUUAAAACCUCGUACAACUUUGGCUCGUUUUCGAAACUAAUCGAAUUUUUAGACUUCAGAGAUCGGCUCUCGAAUAGCUUACAUUUCACACUGAUUUCGGUGGAAGCACUCUUACUGGAAAUUGUGUGUUUUAGUGGAACCUUGGCCCAAAAUCUCGCUGCAUACCGGUUGAUGCGAAUAAAACCCCAAGAGGAUCGCAUCAAGUGGAGCGAACUGAGCGACAAUCGUGAUUUGACCAUUUUCGUUCACUGGGAUCCCGUGGUGGACUACUCGAAGAUCCUCCCACCGGAAGGGGCAACGGAAAUGCUGAAGAACCAUGAAAGCUAUACCGUCAUUCUUGAGCCCAAAACGGUUGAGCAGCAGCGAGAGGAGUAUCGGGUGGAGAGUUAUAAUCAAGAGCUAGAGCUUCUGCAGUUGCGUUCAGUGAUGCUGAGGCUGGUUUCCUCGCUGAUCGAACUGCACACCAAGGGAGCGGAAGAGGAUUACAGUACCGCCGUUGAAAUGCGUCAGUCGUGGGAGGAUUUGUUUGCCACCGUUAGUUCCAAAAAACGGCAGUGCACGAGUGGAAAAUUUCUAGUCAAUUUGUUGCCGUCACGGUUGCAUUUACUGCUGCGAAUUCCAUACGAAAGUGUUUUCAAGCAUUUUGCUGAUUUUCUGUUACUUCUGUGGAAGGGUGAAAAGCACGACCUGAUACGAAACAGCGCCGAGUGCUGUGCGAAGGACAUUGGUGAGCUGUUUGCGCUGAUCGCGAGUUCCAUCAGCGAAUACAACAAAUCCGGCGAUUUGCUGUGGAACCGAAAGCAGGUGCAUGAUACUGUUAAUGCUUGUAUUGAGAUUGCCUGCCUGGUGCUAUUCGUACUGACUGUAUGCUACGAUAAAUACUCUCAGGCGCCGGCGCCACAGCCUACGCGUAAGGUUAAGAAGAGGGACGCAGAGCAGAACAACCAUGAAACCGCAGUUGUAAUAAUGACGGAGAAGAAUCGCCUGCUUCUCGUAACGGAUCUACUGCGAGCUCUCAAAAACAACAUAAUUGAAUGCGAUACGGUGCUAUCGUCCUGGGAACUGCCACUGUUAUCCGAUUCGCUAGCGGCAGCCCUCGAACAAAUGUCACUUGGCCUCAAGUGCGAGAGUGGCGUACGGCUGAAACUCAUGGAUAGCCACUUGGGCGAGAUUAGGGAACUGAAAAAGUUGUUAAAAGACAAACUAAAAUUGAUCAAUAAAUCAAUUUAAUGCGAAUAGCGCUGUAUUCAAAUGCUAGGUUGUUAAAGCUACCGGGAAUGUUUUUAGGUUUGAGAACUGACUGAAUAGAAAACAAUCGAACGCGUCCGAAAAGCUGACUGCUAGGAUAUAAA